AUGGCUGACCGACCAACCAAUCGAAUUUUUGAGGAUGAAAUGCUUGCUCAGAUAUUACAUGAUCUAUAUGUCCCACGAGAAUUACUUGAUGGUUUACCCGAAGAUCAAAAACAAUUACUUUUCUGUAAGAUGCGUGAAGAACAAGUUCGAAGAUAUUAUGCACGAGACGAAGAACAAGACCCAGCGAGUGCACGAAAAAUAAGACCAAUAAAUACAAAGAAGAAAACGAAGCAGGUUACAUUUCAAAUUGAUGCUGAUGGAAACGAAUGUUGUUGGGUUAUGGAAGAAUCAGAAAUAUCUACGAAAAAUAUGGAUGAACAACUAAAUUCAAGAAUUCAUUCUGGAAGUAUUGCAAUCGAUCAUCAAAAUCAAUUAAGAGCUUUUGCUGGUGUUAAUUAUCCAGUUCCACCUAAAUCUGGAACUUACUAUACAGUACAUCGAGAUGAAUUCGACGUCUUUCUAGACAAAAUAAAACGAACAACAGUUUAUUUUAUACGAAAACAAAUUGAAGAAAUAUCAAAUAAUAUACAAGAAGCACGUCGCAUGUUUGAAUGUUUAGAAUCAGAAACACGACAACUUGUUUUGAAUAAGGAAAUUGAAGUUUUACAACAACAACAGCAACAACAACAACAGAAGUCGUAUUAUGCUAUAGAAACUCCUCAAAAUGAGACAGUUGAUGAAAUAUUUUAUCGUGAACUUGCAGCACGUGCAAAAAAAGCUGAUCAAGAAAGACGCGAAAUAGCUAGACGUGCACGAGAUAGUUUUCGCCGAAAUUCAUCACAAUUAAACGUGUGUUUCGACACAGAUAAUCAUACGACAAUACUUUUUCAACCGUCACCAUUAAAUUCAUCAAAUAAAGCUAAUCAAGCAACUAAAAAUGAAAAUAAAAUUCAUAUUCAAUUGACUGAUAAACACACGUCAGCUAAUGAGUCAAAACAACAAUCACCAAUUGAACAAGAACAAUGCUCAGAAGCUAUAAUCGAACGCCAUCGAUCUAAACCUAUAUUACCAUUAACACGUGAAGAUAUUCGUCAAUGGUUUUGUACAAGUGAAAUUCCCUAUGCUACAUUUCGUUCUUCACGUGGAGAAAUCUAUCCGUGGUUUCAUGGAAUUAUAAGUCGAUGUUAUGCCGAAGACCUACUACGCGCAAAACCAAUUGGAACCUAUUUAAUACGUAUAAAUGAAAAAAUUUUCGGUUAUGCAUUAUCUUAUCGUGCAUCGGAUCAUUGCCGACAUUUACUUAUUGAAGUUGUUUCAUCAGCUAAACAGCAUACCUAUAGAUUUUUAGGUGGUGCUAAACAGGAAUUAUUUUUACAAUUGAAUGAGCUUAUUGAAAAAUAUAGUAAUACUCCAAUACGUUCGAAUUCUAAGGAUGUUCUUCGUUAUCCUUGUGGUCAAACAAAUCCUAAAAAACCUGAUUAUGCUGAUUUAUUUAUUGAAAAUUUUGAUGAUAAACAAUACGAAUCUUUGUACAUAUCACUUGAAACAACGACAUCGUCACCUCAUUCCACGACACAUCUAUAG